AUGUGGCCCUAUUGGGAAGCUCAUUGAACGGAGGGCUACGUUUUUCAUUCAUAGCCUACCAAGUCAUCCUCGGCUGAACCCUCAGCUCGUUGUUUCCUCCGGGAGUCUCUGCAAUUAGGCCGAGGGUGAUUAUUAUUAUUAUUAUUAUUUAUAAUAAUAAUAAUAAUAAUAAUAAUAAUAAAACCGUUCUGUCUCCAAUACAUUUUAGUAUUGGUCAAGUGAGAAUUUCGUUUGCUGACUGUGAAGUUAUCUCGGGUUCUCUCUCUCUCUCUCUCUCUCUCGGAGAAAUGGAGGCUGAAGAUGCGGACUGUUGUUGGUGUGAAAUGCGUGGCUCGAGCUCCAGACGCUUCACGUGUGUGCGUCCCAGUGUUUGUCAGGAAUAAUUCAUCAUCAUCAUCUUCUUCUUCUUCUUCACUGAGCUGAAGCUUUUCUUAAAAAAAAAACAAAAAACAACGCGUUCUUUCCAAAUCUGCACAUCUUGCUUCAGCGCAACGGAAAACGCGGAUUUGUUGUGGUUCUUGUUGUUGUUGUUGUUUUUUGUUUUUGUUUUUCCAUCAGUGAAUAUUAAAAGACGAUCCGGAGCUGCUUUCGUUUAAUAUCGGUGUACUGUUUUUUUUUUUUUACAUUAUUAUUAUUAUUAUUAUUAUUAUUAUUAUUAUUAUUAUUAUUAUUAUUAUUAUCUAUAUAUCUAUGAUGUGGAACCAGGCCUUUGUUUUGGUCAGAAACCCGGUGAAUGCGACAGGAAUGAGAUCAGGAACAACAAGGAAUGUUUGGACCUUCUUGUGGGUUCUGGUGCUGUGUGUGUGCGCGAUGCAGCAGAGCGCCAGCGGACAGAUCGGAGAGAUCUGUGGUCCUCACAUUGAUAUCCGCAAUGAGAUCAGUGAGUUCAAGAAACUGGAAAACUGCACGGUGGUGGAGGGCUACCUGCAGAUCCUCCUCAUAGGAGAUAAAAACCACAACCCUCAUCAGGAGUUUCGCAUGCUUAGCUUCCCCAAGCUCACCAUGGUCACAGACUACCUACUCCUGUUCCGCGUAGCCGGCCUUGAUAGCCUCAGCACGCUCUUCCCCAACCUCAGUGUCAUCCGUGGACGCAACCUGUUCUACAACUACGCCCUAGUAAUCUUUGAGAUGACCAGCCUAAAAGACAUCGGCCUGUACAACUUGAGGAACAUCACGCGAGGGGCCAUUAGGAUUGAGAAGAACCCAGAGCUGUGCUAUCUCGACUCGGUGGACUGGACCCUCAUUAUGGAUGCAGACUUUAAUAACUACAUUUCUGGAAACAAGCUGUCCAAAGAGUGUGGCGAUGUGUGCCCUGGCAUUAUGGAGGACAACCCUCAGUGUUUCAGGACCAGCUUCAACAACAAUUAUAGCUACCGCUGCUGGACUUCCAGCCACUGCCAGAAAGCAUGCCCACCAAAAUGCGAGGGUCAAGCUUGCACGGAUUCGGGCGAGUGCUGUCACAAACAGUGCCUGGGGAGCUGUACAGAAGCAGGGAAUGACAUGGCAUGUGCUGCCUGCCAGCAUUAUUCCCACGAGGGCCGCUGCGUGCCAGACUGUCCUCCUGGCACCUACCGUUUCGAGGGCUGGCGCUGCAUCACCAAGGAGGUGUGUGCCCAGGUCCACCUGCCCAGCGAAGUGGACUUCGUCAUCCACGAUGGAGAGUGCAUGCCCGAUUGCCCACCUGGCUUCACCCGCAAUGAGAGCCAAAGUAUGUUCUGUAGCGCAUGUGACGGCCUCUGUGAUAAGUUCUGUGAUACUAAAACCAUCGAUUCAGUGGAUGCAGCCCAGUCCCUGCAGGGCUGCACUGUCAUCAGAGGCAACCUGCACAUCAAUAUCCGUCGAGGCAACAACAUUGCUUCAGAGCUGGAGAAUUUCAUGGGCUUGAUCCAAACAGUGACAGGCUAUGUGCGGAUCAAACACUCUCACACUCUGGGCUCUCUCUCAUUCUUGAAGAGUCUGCACUACAUUAACGGAGAGGAGCUUUUAGACCAGAUGUAUGCAUUCUCAGCACUGGAUAAUCAGCACCUUCAGCAUCUGUGGGACUGGAACCAGCACAAUCUGACCAUCCGAGCCGGUAAACUUUUCUUCCGCUCCAACCCUAAACUCUGCAUGUCUGAGAUUCGCAAGAUGUGGGAGAAGACAGGUGUCUUGGAGAGGAUGGAGGAAGAUGAUGUUCGCAACAACGGGGAACGAGCUAGUUGUGAAAGUCAUAUUCUAAAAUUCAAGUCCAACAGUACCCUGAGCAAUCGAAUAAAACUGACGUGGGAACGCUAUAGACCACCUGACUACAGAGAUCUCAUCAGUUUUAUAGUCUACUACAAGGAAGCACCAUUUCAGAACAUUACAGAGUUUGAUGGACAGGAUGGCUGUGGGUCCAGUUGGACCAUGGUAGACGUGGACCUCCCUCAGGAGAAAUCUUUGGAUCCGGGAGUUCUACUCUAUCCUUUAAAGCCCUGGACACAAUAUGCCAUUUUUGUGAAAGCCAUCACCCUGUUGGUAGAGGAUAAACAUACUCUGGGAGCUAAGAGUGAAGUGGUCUACAUCCGCACCAAAGCUUCGGAGCCCUCAAUGCCCAGGGAUGCCCGUGCAUAUGCAAAUUCGUCCUCGUCUCUUGUGGUGAAGUGGUCUCCGCCCAUUUCCCCAAAUGGGAAUUCCACCUUCUAUCUGCUCCGCUGGCAACAGCAGCCUGAGGACCGUGAGCUCUACCAGCACAACUACUGCUCGAAAGAACUGAAGAUCCCAAUCCGCAUCUCAGCCACAGCCCUGUCAGAAGUGGAGGAGGACACUAAACCCACAAAAUCAGAUGUGGCUGGUGGUGAGAAAGACCAAUGCUGCCAGUGCCCCAAGACCAAGGAAGCCCAAGCCAUGGAGGCAGAGGAACGUGAACUCAACAAAAAGUUUGAGAACUUCCUACAUAAUUCUGUAUUCACACCCAGACCUCACAACAGUAGACGACGCCGGGAGCUUUUUGGAGUUGCUAAUGAUACAUUAGCACGAAGCUUGGGCCAGAACGUGACCGCAUCAGAAGGCAACAUGACUGAAAUGGAGCUUGUAGACCGAGUGUAUCCUUUCUCGGAAGCCACGUCUCAGACGGAGAUCAUGGAAAUCUUCAACCUGCAACCAUUCACUGUCUACCGUAUAGACAUCCACGCAUGCAACCAUGAGGUCCAGCGAUGUAGUGCAGCUGCCUUCGUCUUUUCCAGGACCAAACCUGCAGAAAAAGCUGACAACAUUCCCGGCUUGGUAACCCAUGAGAUGGAUGAGAGGACAGAGGGGACAGUUCUGCUGAGAUGGCCCGAGCCUCCACAACCCAGCGGUCUCAUCCUCAUGUACGAACUCAAGUUCCGCCUGGGCUCAGAGCCUGAGAAGCAUGAAUGUGUGUCGCGGCAACAGUACCGGUCGCUUAGAGGAGCACGGCUAACCAACCUGGGUUUUGGCAACUACUCGGUCCGUGUAAAGGCCACCUCACUGGCAGGAAAUGGUUCCUGGACUGAGCCAGUGUCCUUCUAUGUUCCUCAAUCCAAGGAAGACUAUGACAGUAUGGUCUACCUAGCCAUUACACUACCUAUUGUACUGCUGAUCUUAUUUAUUACUCUCAUCGUCAUCGUCUUCUUUGUGAAAAAAAAGAGGAACAGUGAUAGAUUGGGAAAUGGAGUUCUCUAUGCUUCUGUAAACCCAGAGUACUUCAGUGCAGCAGAGAUGUAUGUGCCAGAUGAGUGGGAGGUGGCUCGUGAGAAGAUCACUCUGUGUCGAGAACUGGGCCAGGGUUCUUUUGGCAUGGUGUAUGAGGGCAUUGCCAAAGGUGUGGUCAAGGAUGAACCUGAGACCAGGGUCGCCAUCAAGACAGUUAAUGAAUCAGCAAGCAUGCGCGAACGCAUCGAAUUCCUUAAUGAAGCCUCUGUCAUGAAGGAAUUCAACUGUCAUCAUGUGGUACGGCUGCUGGGAGUAGUUUCACAAGGCCAGCCCACUCUUGUGAUAAUGGAGCUGAUGACACGAGGUGACCUGAAGAGCUACCUGCGCUCCCUGCGUUCAAAACAGCAGGGUUCGUGCAGCCAGGCCCUCCCGCCGCUGAAGAAGAUGAUUCAGAUGGCCGGCGAGAUUUCCGACGGCAUGGCAUACCUCAAUGCAAACAAGUUUGUCCACCGGGACCUGGCCGCCAGGAACUGCAUGGUGGCCGAAGACUUCACUGUCAAAAUUGGAGAUUUUGGCAUGACACGGGACAUUUAUGAGACAGAUUACUAUCGGAAAGGAGGCAAAGGACUCCUGCCGGUCCGUUGGAUGUCCCCCGAGUCUCUGAAAGAUGGCGUCUUCACCACAAACUCUGAUGUCUGGUCAUUUGGGGUGGUGUUGUGGGAGAUAGCCACCCUUGCCGAGCAGCCCUACCAGGGCAUGUCCAAUGAGCAGGUACUGCGCUUUGUCAUGGAGGGAGGCCUGCUGGACAAACCAGAUAACUGUCCAGAUAUGCUAUUCGAGCUGAUGCGCAUGUGCUGGCAGUACAACCCCAAGAUGCGGCCCUCCUUCCUGGAGAUCAUCAGCAGCAUCAAGGAGGAGCUGGAGCCAUCCUUCCGCGAUGUCAGCUUCUUCUACAGCGAUGAGAACAAGCCACCUGACACUGAAGAGCUCGACGUGGAGGUAGAGAACAUGGAGAACAUCCCGCUGGACCCUGCCUCCACCCUGACUCCACCCUCCUCUCAGGGGCUCACAGAGACUGCUACUUUGCCCUCUGCCCCUAUGGCCUGCACCCCGGUCCCUACGCCCUCCACCUCGCCCUCUUCCUCUACAGCAUCCCCAGCCUUGGACUCACACUUCGACAACACACAGCCGUAUGCACACAUGAACGGCGGCCGGAAAAACGAGCGAGCGCUUCCGCUUCCACAGCCGUCGGCCUGCUGAAUUGCCCCCGCAAUGCACACGGUAUCCCAUAAUUUCCCUCACCCAUGUUUGUGGUCACAUGUACUUUUUUCCUCAGUCAGAGAGACAAACUCAAGGAGCAAAGAUGGAGUCGAUACCCAGAUAGACAAUAAUAGACAAUGUCCUACUGUAAAUCAGUACAUUGCUUACUUAUUUUUAUGAUGGUUAUGAUUAUUUUAUGGGGUUUCUUUUUUCAUCCCAGUGGAAGAUUGAUGUGUGGGACACAGAAAGGCUGCAUAAUGCUCUGGCAAUAUUUAAAAUGACUCGCAAAACCAUCACACUGGGGAGCUGCAGCAGAAAUGUCUUUUGUAUCAUAUUUUGUUGCUUUUUAAUUUCCUAGAGGAAGUUUAAAGAGGUAGAAGCAUAUUCUCAGCCAGAGAAUUGUAUUUAAAAAGAAAUUUUGCGUAUCAGCCAACAAGCCCAACAUCUGAGCACUUUUCAAAGGGCUUGUGUGUGUGUGUGUGUGUGUGUAUGUGUGUGCGCCAAGAGGUGUAUGUGGGUUUUUGCAGUAUGAAAACACGCAUACUUAUUCCUCUCUGCCAUGCUGCACAUCUCUCCCUCACCUGCUCUCUUUAUGGUCACAUUUCUUUUUUAAGGUAGAGUAGUGAGCAUCUCUGCUAGAAUCGCUUGUUCUCAUGUCAGAACUGUUGCCUGGUUGGUCAUGUUGUCCUUUGCUCCAUCUUUUUUAGUAAAAAAAAGAUAGAUGGGGAUUUUUUGAAACUGCCAAAUUCUUUUUGCCAAAUCAAUACUUCGUCUUUCAUAUUUAUUAACCAGCAUGUUUAUGUUCCCUCUUUACUUCCCAAAUUUUGGUUGGACAAGAAAGUAUUGCAGUCAAGAAAAUAUAGCUCUUACACUGGCCUCAUUGCUUUUUUUUUUUUUUUUGGUCUGCUCUCCACUCUGGCAUAGCUCUGAUUGUCCAACUGUGACAUGACCGUGUCCACUCCAGCAUCUGAGAGAUGCACAGCCUCGAUGUGUUGUUUCAAAUGACAUAAAAACAGUCUGACGGCAAACAACGACAAAGUACAUGCUCGAAAUGUUGAGCCGGAUAAGAGGCACACAGGAUUGUCUCAAAUAUGAAGCAAACAGUCUGGGCUGAGAGGAUCACCAGUUUUGACACUUGUUUGCAAAGACUUUGAGGCAUUGUACACAGCAGGUAUUUUGUUCAACUAGUUAUUUGUCUCUAUAGAAAUCCGCCAACUCUACGAAGGUCUUACAGUUGUAUGUUAGACCAUCAGAUCAUUUACACACAUCAUUGGUUUCUCACUUUUGAUAACUUUUUUACGGCUCUGAUGUUCUUUGUCUGUACAGAAAGAAG